AUCCUCUCCUCGCAUAUGGCCUUGGCCUCCCUCGCCGCCGCCGCAUCGCUCCUCCCCGCCGCCGCGGCGAGGUCACGCGUGUCGCUCGCCCGCUGCCGCGGGAUGGCCUCCUCGUCGUCACCAUCUGCGGCCGCGGGGGCAUCGGCGGCGGCGAGGGUGGGCGUGGUGCAGAUGACCUCCGUGGGGGACCUCGACGCCAACUACGCCACCUGCUCCCGCCUCGCCAAGGAAGCAGCAUCCUCUGGUGUCAAAUUUCUUUGCUUUCCUGAGGUAUUCUCAUUCAUAGGCUCCAAGGAUGGCGAGUCUAUUAAGAUUGCUGAACCAUUAGAUGGCCCAAUAAUGCAGAGAUAUUGCUCACUUGCAAAGGAAUCAAGUAUGUGGUUGUCUCUUGGAGGGUUUCAAGAAAAGGGUCCUGAUGAUUCACACCAGUACAAUACUCAUGUACUAAUUGAUGAUUCUGGAGAAAUUAGGAGCUCAUAUCGGAAAAUACAUCUGUUUGAUGUAGAUGUACCAGGCAAUAUGGUGUACAAGGAAAGUCGUUUUACGACAGCAGGUGAUACUGUCGUUGCAGUGGAUAGUCCUUUUGGACGACUUGGGCUUACUGUUUGCUAUGAUUUGAGAUUUCCAGAGCUUUACCAAUGUUUGCGCUUUAAGCAUCAAGCUCAGGUCUUACUAGUACCAUCCGCGUUCACAAAAGUAACUGGGGAGGCGCACUGGGAAAUUCUUCUCCGAGCUCGUGCCAUUGAGACACAAUGCUAUGUUAUUGCAGCAGCUCAAGCUGGAAAACACAAUGAGAAAAGAGAGAGCUAUGGUGAUUCUAUAAUUAUUGACCCAUGGGGAACAGUUAUAGCUCGACUUCCAGACCGGCUGUCCACUGGGUUUGCUGUCGCAGAUGUAGACUUGUCAAAAGUUGAGGCUGUGCGAACUAAAAUGCCAAUCUCUGAGCACCGGAAGUUUGACAGCGUCUGGAAAACCUCAUCACUGUAAUAGUAUAGAGGUCUUGCACGCCUCCUUUCUCUUUCUUUUUUCUUUAGAGAACAGUCGACCUAUUAUUUUGUGUAUCAAAUAUCAAUUGCAAGGCACACAUGAUGAUCCAAUGGUUUGAUCGGCGGUAAACUUCAAUUGCGAAGCCAUGGUUGCUGUGAGGUUUCUUGGUUUGAAGAAUUCCUGGUUCAGUGGAACUUCAAGAUCCCAAAUCCCCAAUUAGGCUAGGAAUGAUUUGUCAGACCAAAUAGUCCAUAAAUAAUAGUGUUGGCUUGAACGCGACGCCACCAACCUAGGACAUUUCAAAUAAGUGAUUGCCAUUGAAUCUAAUGUAAAUUUGUUAUGGUACAUUUGUUGAUAAAUCAAAGCUUGGAUUUUUUUUUUGGUUA